AGUAUAAAUACAGCUGCAAAAGAGGUUUAUAUCACAGACAGAUAACUUCUGCAGUCGAACAAUGAAGUCUCUGAGUUUGUGUAUUUUUGUGGUAGCCGUUACGGUAUCAUCAGGCACACCAACCAUGAUGCUCGAUGGAACAGUCAAACGUGCUGCGGCAUACAAGCAACAAGGGGGAAAACAACAGGGGCCACCAAUCACAACUAUCAUGCCAGUUGAAGCAAUGGAUAAGCAACAAGGAGGUAAACAGCAGGUGCACCCUUCCACAAUAAUUUUGCCAGUUGAAGCGAUGGAUAAGCAACAAGGGGAUAGACAGCAGGGACCACCAAUGACAACUAUUAUGCCAGUUGAAGAACCAGUCAAACGUGCUGCAGCAUACAAGCAACAAAUGCCACCAAUCACAACUAUCAUGCCAGUUGAAGCAAUGGAUAAGCAACAAGGGGAUAGACAGCAGGGACCACCAAUGACAACUAUUAUGCCAGUUGAAGAACCAGUCAAACGUGCUGCAGCAUACAAGCAACAAAUGCCACCAAUCACAACUAUCAUGCCAGUUGAAGCAAUGGAUAAGCAACAAGGGGAUAGACAGCAGGGACCACCAAUGACAACUAUUAUGCCAGUUGAAGAACCAGUCAAACGUGCUGCAGCAUACAAGCAACAAUGCCACCAAUCACAACUAUCAUGCCAGUUGAAGCAAUGGAUAAGCAACAAGGGGAUAGACAGCAGGGACCACCAAUGACAACUAUUAUGCCAGUUGAAGAACCAGUCAAACGUGCUGCAGCAUACAAGCAACAAAUGCCACCAAUCACAACUAUCAUGCCAGUUGAAGCAAUGGAUAAGCAACAAGGGGAUAGACAGCAGGGACCACCAAUGACAACUAUUAUGCCAGUUGAAGAACCAGUCAAACGUGCUGCAGCAUACAAGCAACAAAUGCCACCAAUCACAACUAUCAUGCCAGUUGAAGCAAUGGAUAAGCAACAAGGAGGUAAACAGCAGGUGCACCCAUCCACAAUAAUUUUGCCAGUUGAAGCAAUGGAUAAGCAACAAGGAAUAUGUUGUAUAUAGUGUAAUAUAAUUUACUAUGUAGUAAUGAACAUAUAGCUAUGAGCAUAUUAUCUUGAUCAAUGAAUAGGCUUCCUGAAUGGAAUUUGCUAUGUUGGAUAGAAUGUAUUAAACUCAAAAAAAUUCAAUAAGCAUUGAAUAUUGUUCUUCCAUUAAUAAACUUUGUAUCUGAGA